AGGAAUUUGACCAUGUUGUCCUGUCUCAGAGAACAAACACAUCUAUUGUGGGCCUAGCCUGGGUUCCUGCCUUUGAAAAUAAGGAAAGGUCAGUAGAUAACAGCAGAAGAGAAGUCUAAUUUCAAGAUUUUAUGAACAACAAGAACCACAUGGACUUCUCUGAGGAAGAUUGAACUGGCCUGAGUUCAAGGGAAAGGAUCAGGUAAUGUGUGCCCAACCUGUAACUAACACCAAGGAGGUCAGGUGGCAGAAGGUCUUGUAUGAACGGCAGCCCUUCCCUGAUAACUUUGUGGACUGGCGGUUCCUGGAAGAGCUCCAGAAAAACAUCUAUGCUCGAAAAUACCAAUAUUGGGCUGUGGUGUUUGAGUCCAGUGUGGUGAUACAACAGCUGUGCAGUGUCUGUGUUUUUGUGGUCAUCUGGUGGUAUAUGGACGAGGGUCUUCUGGCCCCUCACUGGCUCUUUGGAACUGCCCUGGCACCUUCACUGAUGGGUUACAUCUUGUUCGAUCUUAUUGAUGGAGGCGAAGGGCGGAGGAAGAGCGGGCGGACCCGGUGGGCUGACCUGAAGAGUGCCCUGGUCUUCAUUGCUUUCACUUACGGCUUUUCCCCAGUGCUGAAGACCCUGACAGGGUCCGUUAGCACUGACACCAUCUAUGCCAUGUCAGUCUUCAUGCUGUUGGGCCACCUCAUCUUCUUCGACUAUGGGGCCAAUGCCGCCAUUGUAUCCAGCACACUGUCCUUGAACAUGGCCAUCUUCGCUUCUGUCUGCCUGGCUUCGCGUCUUCCCCGGUCUGUGCACGCCUUUGUCAUGGUGACAUUUGCCAUCCAGAUUUUUGCACUGUGGCCCAUGUUACAGAAGAAACUGAAAGCCUGUACUCCCCGCAGCUACGUGGGCGUCACGCUGCUUUUUGCGUUUUCAGCCUUGGGAGGCCUGCUGUCCAUCAGUGCUGUGGGAGCCAUACUCUUUGCUCUUCUGCUGGUUUCCAUCUCAUGUCUCUGCCCUUUCUACCUCAUUCGCCUGCAGCUUUUCAAAGAAAACAUUCAUGGACCUUGGGAUGAAGCUGAAAUCAAAGAAGACUUGUCCAGGUUCCUCAGCUAAGUUAGGGACCCCCGUUACACUAUUAAGGCAAGCUGACAGACUGGCAUCCUAACCAACAUAAAGUUGGAAGGCAGAGCCCAUUGUGGAAGCAGCAGCCUGAUGAUGUGGAUGAGAACAGAUCAGAAGAAAAAUUCAACAAAG